AUCUUAUCUGGUAGCGCUUGGUUGCCAAAGGAAGACAUGAAUAAAAAGCUUGAAGAAACAAUAUCCGAUGAAAUGUAUACGAAUCUGAUAAUGGCGUUCGAUUAUUUAUGCUCAUUAGCGUUCUCAUCAAUGGAGCGUGACUUCAUAUUUGAGUAUCGAAUGCCAAUUGCUAGUGGCGCCGGAUCUCGAUUGUUUGGACCUGAGAUUCCUCAAGUGGAGGUGAUUCCCGAGACGAACCGACGUAUCGCACGUUCGGAAACAACCGUGAAAACAACCAAAGCCCUCGUAACGGUUUCUGACGCGGGUACAGGCAAAUACACUGUGAAUGGUCACGGUAUCGACGAAUUUAGAUCACUUCAAGCCAGGUAG